AUGAAAAGAAAGAAAGACAUCAACUACCUAACAAACCUACCAGGAGCAUCAGAGAAGCUCCAUAUUUUCAAUGCAGACCUCAAUGAACCACACAGUUUCAAUGCAGCCAUUGAAGGGUACACGGGAGUAUUUCACCUCGCCCACCCGGUUGAUCUCAUCGGAAAAGAAUCUGAGGAAGUCGUCACCAAAAGAGCGGUAGAAGGAACCAUAGGAAUCCUAAAGGCUUGCUUGAAUUCGAAGACGGUGAAGCGAGUCGUGUACACUUCUAGUGCAGCCACUGUGAUGUUCAACCACAAAGAUCAGGGAAUGAGUGAUGAGAGUACAUGGACUGGUUUGGAUUUCUUUAGGUCUUUGAACAGUGGUUAUUCUUAUGUGAUUGCUAAGACAAAAACUGAGAGGGUGGCUUGGGAAUUUGCUGAAGAACAUGGAUUGGAUCUUGUUACUGUUGUUCCUCCUUUAGUUCUUGGACCUUUCAUAUGUAACAAUUUCCCUGGCACUGUGUUCUUGGCACUGGCUUUGAUCUUAGGUAAACAGGAGUAUUAUAAGGCUCUUCUCCAUUCAAAAUUAGUGCAUAUAGACGAUGUGGCCAGUGCACACAUCUUCCUUCUUGAGAGUCCUAAUGCAAAGGGGAGGUACAUUUGUUCAUCAGACGAAAUCACAAUACAUGGAUUGGCUGCAUUUCUUUCUGCUAAAUACCCAAAUUUUCAGAUUCCUUCAGCAGAUGUCUUAAAUAAAAUUGAAGGUCAUAUAACACCAAGCCUCUCAUCAAGGAAGCUCUUGGACUCUGAAUUCAAAUUUAAGUAUGGCCUCAAUGAGAUGUAUGAUGGAGCUAUUCAAAGUUGCAGAGAAAAAGGCCUGUUUUAA